AUGAUCCAGCACAGUCAGUCGAUAUUGACCACUCGACUUGGCAGCACCGUCAACGGUCUUCCUCUCGUCAAACUUCCCACGCCUCCCUACUCGACCGGCGACAAGACGUCCUUUGGCUGGGUCACCGCCCGCGAGCGCUGGCCUGUGAUCAUCACCCAGGCCAUCGAUGAUCUCUACCGUUCCGUUGCCGCGACCGAUGACGCUGAGAAGAGGGAGGAGGGCAAGAAGAUCGUCGAGCAGAUCGCCCGCCUCAAGUAUGAGGUCCAGCAUGACCGCGCUUUGGUACCGAUCGAUGACGAUGGAUACCCCGACGUGGCCAUCUACAACGAAGAGCUGAAGAAGCUCGGCGAGCCAACAUGGCUGAACGUGCCGUGGCUGUACUGCGAGUGCUACCUGUUCAGACGCAUCAGCACGUUCUUCGCCAAGUCUUCCCACUGGAAGAGCUACGACGUCUUCGCCCGCCAGAAGAUCAGCACCUUCCGCUCCUCGCGCCCGGCCGUUGUCGAGCUCGCCUCCAAGUACAAGGACCUCGUCGAGCAGAUCCACAAGAACAAGGACGCCGCCAAGGACGAGGCGGCGGAGAAGCUGCUUUUCACUGAGAUGGCCGAGAUUUGCCUCUGGGGCAACGCCACUGACCUGUCGCUGCUCACGAGCUUGACGUACGAGGACAUCCAGAAGCUGCAGGGCUCCGACGCACGCAAGGCGUCUGAGAAGAACAUCCUCACCAACGACCUGCCCGCCGUCUACGAGCUCCUGAAGAAGGCCAAGGCCGAGGGCAAGGCGGAGCGCCGCGUGGACAUCGUCCUCGACAACGCCGGCUUCGAGCUGUACGUCGACCUCAUCCUCGCCGGAUACCUCCUCUCCGCAGGCCUGGCGACGCACGUUGUGCUGCACCCGAAGUCGAUCCCCUGGUUCGUCUCCGACGUUCUGCCCGGCGACUUUGGCCAGCUCCUGAGUGCGAUUGCUGCUCCCAAGCCAUUCUACGAGACGCCAUCCGAAGACGAGAAGUUGCAGAACAAGACCCCCGAGCCCCUGUCGGGCACGGACGAGGCCAACCUGUCGUUCUUGUUCCAGGAGUGGAGCCGUUUCCACGCUGAGGGGCAGUUGAUCCUGAGACCCAACCGCUACUGGACGCAUCCCGGUCCCUUCUGGCAGUUGCCCGAGGAGGCCAAGGAUCUGUACGAGGACCUCAAGACCAGCGAGGUCGUCAUCUUCAAGGGCGAUCUCAACUACCGCAAGUUGACCGGCGAUGCCGACUGGGACGCCGCCACGCCCUUCACGGAGGCCAUCAAGAACCUCGGCCCCGGAUCCGGCGUCAACGUUCUCGCUCUGCGCACAUGCAAGGCAGACGUUGUCGUCGGCCUCCAGCCCGGCGAGGACGAGAGGUUGAAGGCGCUGCCUGACGGCGGUGGCGACUCGGGCGCCAGGAAGUGGGCGUGGAGCGGCAAGUGGGCGGUGGUGUCGUUCUCGAGCGGCCAGUAA